AUGACCUCGUCUCCCAUCGACCCGGUGCAACAGCACAUCUUCAACACCCUGAGCCCCCGCCGCGGCGCUGUUCCUUCACAUAUCAUCGAGAGCAUGUCUAGUCUGGCUCCCUCUCUCGCUUCUUCCUCGAACGAAGCUGACCUACUUCCAUCAGACAACAUCGCUUUCCUCAUCAAGUUCACCGCCGGCCCGGGCAUACUCGCGUCCCAAAUCUCCAUCCCUGUUCUGGAUGUCCGCGGCCCUCUUCGCAACAACACCGGUCGCAGGGCUACCAUCUGUAUCCACCGAGGACGAGGUGACUUUACAGUCGUGCUCUGGGCGCAGGUCAAAGGGAAGGAGGAGUUGAUGAAUGCGUUGUCUGACAAAGUAGACAAGGUCAUCAAAGAUGUCCUUGCUCACCAGGAGGAUGAUGGAUCAGGGGACCUUAUGGUAUGA